CUCUUUCGAUCUCAUUACGCUGCAGUGAAACACAGCCGGCACGAGGCUGACUGAUUUUAUGGAGUGGUAGUUGUCCGAUUAUCAAUCCACGCGGAGUUUUUUCAUUCUCGUUUAUCACGACCGGGACGUGUCUUGAUUCGGUCCGUGAAACGGUUACGCACGCGUUAUUCAUUGAGUGAGGAAGUGUAGAGUUCACGCGAAAGUGCAGUAUUGUGUACCUACCUAAUUUUACUCUGGGUCGGGGGGCCAAAGAUCAAUGCCUCAAUAAUACAGCAAGUUUACGCAUAGGUGUCGCCUAGCACAUGUGACGUGCCUGAAACCUGCGUCUUUGUACGCCCAAAGAGUGAAUUGGCUCAAUAUCCUGCUGCUGCACUCUCUUCUGCAAAUGACCGAUGCAUCGGGGUGUUGAAACGACUGUGAAAAUCUCUGCAAAAACGACCCCGCGACAUUGUUGCCAUUCUCUGAGUUUCUACCAGCGAGUGAAGAUAAACCGCUAGAGGCUAUCCAGGAAUCGACAAGCUCCUCGGUGCCGCAUCGCGCAUACUUACUGCAGUAAAUCGAAUAAUGGUAAUUCCAUUUUCGUCGUCAAUGACCACGACCUCCGUACCGGCCGGAAAUUCCGGCGUGGAUCAAGAUUCUAGAAAUCAGAUGACUCCCUCGUUGUACACCAUACCGAAGGAUUAUCCUGACCUAGGAAAAAUGCAGGCGGACUACAAAGAGAACAGGGCAAAGAUGCAGCUAUCAGGGACACAAGGCACAGCUGGUUCAGUAACGUCAUUCGCAGCAGGGUCGUCUCUACCCAGUCCUUCUUCAGUGAGUGAAAAAAAAUCUUGGUGUCGACGAGUGGCUCCUUGCCUCGCUUUUCUCGUUGCAUUUUCCACGGCGAUGGCUUUACUCCUAGUGUGGAGCGAAGAUGCCGACAGGAGGAGGAAGGCUUUCAACAUCAAUAUGACGAAAGAGUACGUACACAGUGUUCCUAUGGAUAACUCUGAACUGGUAACAUAUAUCAGGGAAGUUCAUCUCUUGCCAACAACGCAUCAGGAUCCCCUUAAUUCUACGCAGACGGAAGAGGAAAAGUAUCUGUCAAAUUUAUUCCCGGGAAAACGGAACGGAAUUUACCUCGAGUACAUCAAUAGGGUGGGAGCUAUUUCAACUACGACGUGGUUGGAGUCAAAUAUGAACUGGAGAGGAGUUCUGGUUCUGACGGAUCCGCGGAGCUUCUUCGAGGCACACAGAAGCACUAGAAAUACGAAGACUAGAGUUCUACAUGCUUGUCUCAGCACAGAUAAGGAUACCAAAGAGAUAACCUAUCACCAGGAGCCAGAGGUGCAAGUUACCAAACUGGGCGAAGGUCCAAACAGCCUAGUGAGUCCAGAUGAAAGUCUGCCACCAACGAGACUAAAGUGUUUUCCACUGUACAGUGUCUUACUGGCAUAUAAUUGUACAAAUCUGGACUACUUAAGUUUAGACAGCCUAGAUGCUCAAGACGUACAGGUGCUGGAUACGAUUCCGAGGGAAAUGCCGCGAAUUUCCGUCCUAUCUAUUCAAUGGAGCCCGCAUCACAACGAGGUGGAAACAAAACAUUUAAUUCAAAAGCUGACCGAGCGAAGGUACAAACACUUUCACACAACGGAGACUGGAAAGAUGAUAUUUCUUUACAAUAGACUACUCAAAAUUUAAAUAGAAAUUAUUAUAGAAGGCUUUCAAGCCGUGGAAUUUGAUCAUGAAUCUAGACCAAAAUGAGAAACUGAUUCAUACGCUUUCCCAUACCAAAUAAGCGAAAGUCAUACUUUUCAAUUGAUCUUUCUAGAAACGGAUAUAUUAUCCACGCAUGAUGGAAGAAGUUUACAUCUGAUUGUGAGUUAUACAAAAUUGUGUGAACAAAAUUCUUAUCGACUCAAGUUUUCGAAUUUGACUGUUUAGAAAUUUUGUUUUUAAUAUUUUGUCUUACAUAAGGAUUUUGAGUUCCUGCAAACGGGAUAAUAUUAAAGUGAUUGCGUGGACGUUUCAGUGUGAUUCGCAUAUGGCUCUAUCGUUGUCAAAUUGAAAAAUCAAAAACCCUUAUUAUGUUUCUUUUUCAUUGGCAAUUUUCCGUACGGUAUUCAGAUUUAUUUUUGAACCGUUGGCGAAUUAUAAAUUUCUUUGACUUAAAAAUGACGCCUACACCAAUUAUCUUGGGAAAAUUCAUGAGAAUCUAUCAUUCAUGACAAACAUUUACCAACAAGAUUAAAACUGGUGAAUCUCUUAGUGUUUUAUUCAAAUUUUAUCAUAUUUAGUACCUCAGUGAUGAGGGUGACCCCUAAGAAUAAAUAAAUAUCACCAUGAAAAUAAUCAUAUUAGAAAAGAAUGUACUAUAGCAAAAUUUUCUUUCUUUCUUCUGUUGUAAUUGAUUUUUAACAAUAGUAAAUGACGUGUAUGUCACAUCGCAAAAAAAUACAGAUUUUUUUUUCAUCCCUACGUGUGCGAAAAAUAGCCUAGAACAAAUUUUUCCUAGGUGGCGAACAGCGUGAGUGAAAAUAUAGGUGGCCAACGAAAUGAUAAUUAUAGGUAUUUAAAUUAUGAUAUUCUUUACGUCACAAUAUUUUGAUUACGUAUUACCGUAACUGGGGACAUGUAGUGAAAAAAUACUUCUAAAAAGAUUGAGGUUACCAGACGUACUCUUACAUACGAAAGUGUUUACAUAUUAGGUAUAUCAUGCUAACUCGACAGGCAAUUGACCGUGGUAACGUUUCAUUUCGCUGAUUUUUUGUGUCUUUCAGUACCAAUUCAAACUAGUCUCUACAACUUUUUUUAGAUUGUUAUCCAAUCGCAUCUUUAGCGAUCAAUUUUUCAAAACUUUUGACUUGAAGGACUUUAAACUUCGAAUGAAAAUUUGAGCUUAGGCUAUAGAAUAACGUAAUUUUCUUCUUUAACGCACGAACAGUACGAUGGUAUGAAACGAAAUAUACGGUACGGUCUGGUUGGAUUCGGGCAAACUCUAUACCUACUAAUGUUGAUCGAAAUCUGUUAAUUCUUUUGCGUGUCUGGUACCUAUACGUAAUUUUUUUUAAAGUCGCGCCCCUUGAAGUGACAUGUAUCAAAUUUACAAAUUAAAUUUCAAGUCAGAGUGCUAAAGGGAGCUUAGUGAUUUUUGGUUGUUUUUUUAUCGAUUUUGGAAAAACCAAUUUUCAAGUGGAAAUUAUCAUCUUCAAAAAACAUUCAUCAACUUUGUCGCAUGGUUAUUUUUUUGCGGGAUUAUUGACCAUUAAAAAUUAAAGUGUUUCAAAAACUGAUCAAAUAUAACAGGCGAACAAAGCAUAAGUAUAUCAUGUAUGUGAGUUAGAAGUUCGUGACUGUAUUGGUUAUGUGAUUAAAAUUUCGUUGGUAUCGACAGUCAGUGAUGACAAGAUGCAGUUCAUAGAGAAUGAUGUCUUUAUUACGACGUUUCGGCAGGACCCCGCCUGCCAUCAUCAGGUUUCUUAAAAAUAUUAAAAAGAAAACAAAAAAUAAUAUAUAUAUAUAAAUUUUACAGAUAUAAAUUUAACAAUUAACACUUUCAAUUAAAAUUAUUACACAUAAAUGCCUCUAAUUAAUUAUUAUUGUUAGGUUGUCAUAAGAUAAUAAAAUAUUACACAGUCACAUUUUUAGACAUUCCUUAGCUUACUAGUUGUUGCUUACAUAGUGUUUCAGAAGGAAGUGACUAUCCGUCUGUCAUUCCGACCCCCUUAAUGUUAAUUAUAACAACAAUGAUCUAAUGUCAUAGAUUUGUAUAGAUGGUUAUUGUUGAGCUGGCACUUUGUUUAUAUGACCUUUCUUACAUAUGUUUUUUGCGACUUAUAAAAUAUCUCCGUAAAGGUGACUUGGAUUGUCAAUCUCAGUUCUUUUGUUUACAGUAUUCUUUGUUGAUAUGUGUAUCAUUUCUUUUAUAACUCUUUUGUGCCAGUUUGUCUCUUUGUCUAAUAUUAUAACAUUUUCAAAAUUGAACUUGUGUCCUUCAACCAAUGCAUGAUACGCUAAUGCCGAUCUGUCUGGAUCAUGUGUUUUGAUAUCGUAUUUACGAUUAGCGAUCCUUUUUUUAAAUGUUGCGAUGAUUGGCCUAUGUAGCAUUUUUUGCAAUCUGUGCAAUUGAUCUUAUAAAUAAUAUUGGUUUGUUCAAGCGCAGGUGUUUUUGAUUUUAAACAUGCAAAUAAAUUAUUUAGAGUGUUGGUGA